CGGCGCUGUGCGCGCGCUGCCCCGCCGCCGGCUCGGCGCCCCCCAUGCCCGCCUAGCCCGCCCGCCGCCGGCAUGGACGUGCACACCCGCUGGAAAGCGCGCGCGCCGCGGCCGUCCCGCCUGCUGCCGCUGCUGCUGCUGCUCUGGGCGCCGCUGCCCGGCCGCGCAGCCCAGCAGGCAGAUCUCCUGAAGGUUCUAGAUUUCCACAACCUGCCUGAUGGCAUCUCCAAGACCACUGGCUUCUGCCCGACACGGCGAUCGUCCAAAGGCCCGGAUGUGGCCUACCGGGUGACCAAGGAUGCCCAACUCAGCGCACCCACGAAGCAGCUGUACCCCACCUCUGCAUUCCCCGAGGACUUCUCCAUCCUCACCACUGUGAAAGCCAAGCGGGGCAGCCAGGCCUUCCUGGUGUCCAUCUACAACGAGCAGGGCAUCCAGCAGCUGGGCCUGGAGCUGGGCCGCUCGCCCGUCUUCCUCUACGAGGACCACACGGGGAAGCCGGGCCCCGAGGACUACCCGCUCUUCAGGGGCAUCAACCUGUCUGAUGGCAAGUGGCACCGGAUCGCCCUCAGCGUGCACAAGAAGAACGUCACGCUGGUGCUGGACUGCGAGAAGAGGGCCACCAGGUUCCUGGCCCGCAGCGACCACCCGCUCGUCGACACCAACGGCAUCGUCGUGUUUGGCACCCGUAUCCUGGACGAGGAGGUGUUCGAGGGCGACAUCCAGCAGCUGCUGCUGGUCUCGGACCCGCGGGCGGCCUAUGACCACUGCGAGCACUACAGCCCCGACUGCGACACGGCCGCCCCCGACACGCCGCAGUCGCAGGACCCCAACCCCGACGAAUACUACCCGGAGGGAGACGGUGAAGGGGACACCUAUUACUACGAGUACCCCUACUACGAAGACACGGACGACCCUGGCAAGGAGCCUGCCCCCACCCAGCAGCCCGCAGAGGUCGCGAGGGAGACCACGCAGACAGCUGAGGAGCAGACCCCACCCCCCACGGACGCCCCCCACGCGCCCGGCCCGAGUGAGGGUCCCGGGAAGGAGGAGGACCCGGACGCAGCCCUGGGGGAGUACGAUUACGUGCCCAUCGAGGACUACUACACGCCGCCCCCCUACGAGGACAGCUACGGCGAGGGCCCCGACCAGCCCCCCGACCCCGGGGCAGGGGUGGGGGCGCCCACCAGCACGCGGCUGCCUGCCAACGCCUCAAACCCAGCUCCAGAUGACGGGAAGAAUGUUCUAGAUGGGGAGUUCACAGAGGAGACCAUCCGGGGGCUGGAUGAGAGCUACUACGACCCCUACUACGACCCCACCAUCUCCCCGUCAGAGGUCGGGCCGGGCAUGCCGGCCAACCAGGACACCAUCUACGAGGGGAUCGGAGGGCCGCGCGGCGAGAAGGGGCAGAAGGGCGAGCCAGCCAUCAUCGAGCCGGGGAUGCUCAUCGAGGGCCCCCCUGGCCCCGAAGGCCCCGCGGGUCUCCCAGGACCUCCUGGAACGACGGGUCCCACCGGCCAAGUGGGCGACCCCGGAGAGCGGGGUCCCCCUGGACGUCCAGGCCUGCCGGGAGCUGACGGGCUGCCUGGGCCCCCCGGGACAAUGCUGAUGCUCCCCUUCCGGUUUGGGGGCGGCGGCGACGCGGGCUCCAAAGGCCCCAUGGUGUCGGCGCAGGAGUCGCAGGCUCAGGCCAUUCUCCAGCAGGCCAGGCUGGCCUUGCGAGGCCCGGCUGGCCCGAUGGGACUCACAGGGAGGCCGGGUCCUGUGGGCCCCCCUGGCAGCGGUGGCCUGAAGGGUGAGCCUGGAGACAUGGGGCCUCAGGGUCCUCGCGGCGUGCAGGGCCCGCCUGGCCCCACAGGAAAGCCGGGCAGAAGGGGCCGGGCUGGGAGUGACGGAGCCCGGGGAAUGCCCGGCCAGACGGGCCCCAAGGGCGACCGGGGCUUCGACGGCCUGGCGGGGCUUCCUGGGGAGAAAGGUCACCGGGGCGACCCUGGCCCUUCCGGCCCCCCGGGCCCCCCGGGAGACGAUGGAGACAGGGGUGACGACGGAGAAGUCGGCCCCCGCGGCCUGCCCGGGGAACCCGGGCCGCGCGGUCUUCUGGGCCCCAAGGGGCCCCCAGGCCCUCCCGGCCCACCCGGCGUGACGGGCAUGGACGGCCAGACGGGCCCCAAAGGCAACGUGGGCCCGCAGGGAGAGCCCGGCCCCCCGGGACAGCAGGGCAACCCCGGCGCCCAGGGCCUGCCAGGACCCCAGGGCGCCAUCGGCCCUCCCGGGGACAAGGGUCCCCUGGGCAAGCCCGGCCUCCCAGGAAUGCCCGGCGCCGAUGGACCCCCGGGACACCCCGGCAAAGAAGGGCCUCCCGGCGAGAAAGGCGGUCAGGGUCCCCCUGGGCCCCAGGGCCCACUCGGCUACCCCGGCCCUCGGGGAGUGAAGGGGGCAGAUGGCAUUCGCGGCCUGAAGGGCACCAAGGGCGAGAAGGGUGAAGACGGUUUCCCCGGGUUCAAGGGGGACAUGGGCAUCAAAGGCGACCGGGGGGAGAUCGGCCCACCUGGCCCCCGAGGAGAAGAUGGUCCCGAGGGCCCCAAGGGUCGUGGCGGCCCCAACGGUGACCCUGGGCCCCUGGGCCCCCCCGGGGAGAAGGGGAAACUCGGCGUGCCGGGACUCCCGGGCUACCCCGGCAGGCAGGGGCCGAAGGGCUCUAUCGGAUUCGCUGGGUUUCCUGGCGCCAACGGAGAGAAAGGCGGCCGGGGCACGCCGGGCAAGCCGGGGCCGCGGGGCCAGCGGGGACCGACGGGCCCGAGGGGAGAGAGAGGCCCCCGGGGCAUCACUGGGAAACCCGGCCCCAAGGGCAACUCCGGAGGAGACGGCCCGGCCGGGCCCCCCGGGGAGCGGGGACCCAACGGACCCCAAGGACCCACGGGCUUUCCCGGACCCAAGGGCCCCCCCGGCCCCCCGGGCAAGGACGGGCUCCCCGGACACCCCGGACAGAGAGGAGAGACGGGUUUCCAAGGCAAGACUGGCCCCCCAGGGCCCCCCGGCGUGGUUGGCCCUCAGGGCCCCACCGGAGAGACGGGUCCGAUGGGCGAGCGCGGCCACCCGGGGCCCCCGGGGCCCCCUGGUGAACAGGGGCUGCCGGGCGUGGCUGGGAAAGAAGGGACGAAGGGCGACCCGGGUCCCGCCGGCAUCCCCGGGAAAGACGGCCCCCCGGGGUUACGCGGCUUCCCCGGGGACCGAGGACUUCCUGGUCCGGUGGGGGCGCUGGGACUCAAGGGCAGCGAAGGCCCCCCCGGGCCCCCGGGCCCCGCGGGCUCCCCGGGAGAGCGCGGCCCGGCCGGGGCUGCGGGGCCCAUCGGCAUCCCGGGGAGACCCGGGCCGCAGGGGCCUCCAGGGCCGGCCGGAGAGAAGGGCGCGCCGGGCGAGAAAGGACCUGCAGGCCCUGCUGGCCGAGACGGUCUCCAGGGCCCCGUGGGGCUGCCGGGCCCCGCUGGCCCCGUGGGCCCCCCUGGGGAGGACGGAGACAAGGGGGAGAUCGGGGAGCCCGGACAGAAGGGGAGCAAAGGGGACAAAGGCGAGCAGGGUCCCCCUGGACCCACCGGCCCCCAAGGCCCCAUUGGACAGCCAGGCCCCUCGGGAGCCGACGGUGAGCCGGGGCCGCGCGGCCAGCAGGGCCUCUUCGGGCAGAAAGGGGACGAAGGACCCCGAGGCUUCCCAGGGCCCCCCGGGCCCGUGGGACUGCAGGGCCUGCCGGGACCCCCGGGCGAGAAGGGCGAGACUGGGGAUGUGGGCCAGAUGGGCCCUCCAGGUCCCCCCGGCCCCCGAGGGCCCUCCGGAUCCCCGGGCGCUGACGGGCCCCAGGGCCCUCCCGGAGGCAUCGGCAACCCUGGAGCCGUGGGAGAAAAGGGCGAGCCCGGCGAAGCUGGAGACCCCGGCCUUCCCGGAGAGGGGGGCCCCCCGGGACCCAAAGGGGAGAGAGGCGAGAAGGGGGAGUCGGGCCCCUCUGGCGCUGCUGGACCCCCUGGACCCAAAGGCCCCCCUGGAGACGACGGCCCAAAGGGCAGCCCGGGUCCUGUCGGUUUCCCCGGUGACCCCGGGCCCCCUGGAGAGCCUGGCCCUGCGGGUCAGGACGGGCCGCCCGGCGACAAAGGAGACGACGGAGAGCCAGGGCAGACGGGCUCCCCGGGCCCCACUGGGGAGCCUGGUCCCUCCGGGCCUCCAGGAAAGAGGGGUCCUCCCGGCCCCGCAGGGCCCGAAGGCAGGCAGGGGGAGAAAGGGGCCAAGGGAGAAGCCGGCCUGGAAGGGCCUCCUGGGAAGACUGGCCCCAUCGGACCCCAGGGCGCCCCCGGGAAGCCGGGCCCCGACGGCCUGCGGGGGAUCCCCGGCCCUGUGGGUGAACAAGGCCUCCCCGGAUCCCCGGGCGCCGACGGGCCCCCGGGCCCCAUGGGCCCCCCAGGACUCCCCGGCCUCAAAGGAGACUCCGGCCCCAAGGGGGAAAAGGGCCACCCAGGCUUGAUCGGCCUCAUCGGACCCCCAGGAGAGCAGGGAGAGAAGGGCGACCGCGGGCUGCCCGGCCCCCAGGGCUCCUCGGGCCCCAAGGGAGAACAGGGCAUCACUGGUCCCUCCGGCCCCCUCGGACCCCCUGGACCCCCCGGCCUGCCGGGUCCCCCCGGGCCCAAGGGCGCCAAGGGCUCCUCGGGUCCAACUGGCCCCAAGGGUGAGGCAGGUCACCCAGGCCCGCCUGGCCCACCGGGCCCCCCGGGCGAGGUCAUCCAGCCGCUGCCCAUGCACGCGUCGCGCGCCCGGAGGAGCAUCGAUGCCAGCCAGCUGCUGGAGGAGGCGGAGGGCGAGAGCUACGCGGACUACGCGGACGGCAUGGAGGAGGUGUUCGGCUCCCUCAACUCCCUCAAGAUGGAGAUCGAGCAGAUGAAGCGGCCCCUGGGCACCCAGCAGAACCCGGCCCGCAGCUGCAAGGACCUGCAGCUCUGCCACCCCGACUUCCCGGACGGUGAAUACUGGGUGGACCCCAACCAGGGCUGCUCUGGGGACUCCUUCAAAGUCUACUGCAACUUCACGGGCGGAGGGGCCACCUGCGUGUACCCCGACAAGAAGUCCGAGGGGAGUAAGCUGGCCCGCUGGCCCCGAGAGCGGCCGUCCACCUGGUAUAGUCAGUACAAGCGCGGGUCCCUGCUCUCGUACGUGGAUGCGGAAGGCACCCCGGUGGGCGUGGUGCAGAUGACCUUCCUGCGGCUGCUGAGCGCGUCCGCCCGGCAGAACAUCACCUACAACUGCUACCAGUCGGUGGCCUGGCAGGACGCGGCCACGGGCAGCUACGACAAGGCCCUCCGCGUCCUGGGCUCCAACGACGAGGAGAUCUCCUACGACAACAGCCCGUACAUCCGGGCGCUGGUGGACGGCUGUGCGACCCGGAAAGGCUACCAGAAGACCGUGCUGGAGCUGGACACCCCCAAGGUGGAGCAGGUGCCCAUCGUGGACCUCAUGUUCAACGACUUCGGAGAAGCGAACCAGAAGUUCGGGUUCGAAGUGGGUCCGGCCUGCUUCCUGGGCUAGGCGCCGCCCGGCCCCGACCAACCUCUGACCUCAGCGCCGUCGCGGGGGUCCCGCCCGGACCGCGCAGGCCCCUCGCCCCGAGCCGCGAAUCACAUGACCUAGACGCCCCGCGCCCGGCGGCGCUCGGACCAGGGUGUGGACGCGCGACUCCAAGUGCCUCUUCCCGCCGCGGCCGGAGCCCCCCGGGCCCCGCAGCCCCCCGGGCGGGCGGGCGGCCCCGGAACUCGGUGCUCAUUCGUACACUCUUCGUGGUGCUAUCUGCGUGGACGGGCCCCUGGCCCCGCAGGGACGCGCGCGGCCUGCGGCCCGGGCAGGCCCAUCCGCCGGGACCCCGGCGCGUGGUGCUAACGCCGGGUCUGGACCAGAACCGGGUGGAGCUGCUGCCUCCCGCGUCCCGGGCCGGACUGCGCGGCGCGGACCCCGGGAGGGGCCCGGGGCGGCCCGAGGGGCAGCCCCUCUACUGUGAAAGGCAGGCCGGCCGGGGGAGGGGGCCGCGCGCAGCCCCCCGCGCACCGCGCCGGGCCGGGCCGAGGCUGCGCGCGGCCCCGCCCCCGCGACUCCGGGGCCAGGAUGCCCGUCCUUGCCGUGACCUCCGCCGGGAAAGCCGGGUCCGAGCCGCGGCGUGUCUAGGUCAUGUGAUUCCGUCCAGACUCUCCGCCCCCGCCCUCCGCGGGACCUUCCAAGCCGAUGUCAUUUCUAUUGAAGUCAAACGUGUCAUUCUCCCCAGACCCAGACCCCCGGCGACGGUAUAUUGCAAUAAAAUCACUUCUUAUAUUUGCAUCGA